UGAGGAUGAAGAGCUCUUAAUCAGUAGAUUAAAGCCCUUUAAUUGAUUAUUUUGAUUGUGCUAGUCGUUCUACCUUAAAACGAUGACUUCAAAGGACCCGAAUGCAUCAAACAGUGCCUUGCUUUAUUUGAUUUAUCAGCAUUUAAAGGAGAAUGGUUACCAGAAGGCUGCAAACGUGCUGAAAAAACAUGCAACUCAGAUGGAAACACCAGAAGAUAUCACCUCUUUACAUGACAUCUACACAAGUUGGACCAAGGUCUCAGAAAUCGGACAAAAUCCAAAACAAGAGCCUGAAGUGGAUUCCACCACCCUGAAGAAGAUUAAGGCCGAUCCAUCAACCAAAGAGGAAGAUGUGGACUCAAAACCAAUUGAUUCUCUACCUCCUGCCCCCCACACACCCCAGUCUGCGGAUGCAGAAACCCCCCAGGCUGCAACCCCAGAGAAUGAGGAGCCGGUCCCACAGGAUGAGUUGCCAUCUACUCCAGUCAGUAACGGGACAGUGGAAACAUCAGCCCCUGUACCAGCGGUCACCGCUUUAAAACAAGCAGAGAGCUCAGACAGUGACUCUGAUAGCAACGAGGAGAUUCCCGUCACACAGGGAGUUACUGUCACCCCAAAGGCCUCUACACCUGCCCCUACCACCACGCCCUCAAAACAUGUAGACAGUAACAGCGAAUCAGACAGUGAGAAUGAAAUUCCUCCAUCACAGACUGUUGUCAUUCCCAGUAAGGCCUCAGCUCCCAGUAAGACUCCAGCCACCCCUACAGCUCCCAGUAAAGCAGAGAGUUCAGACAGUGACACCUCAGACAGUGAAGAGGAGGUUACUGUCAAGAAACUAACAUCUAAAGCUGCUCCUGUGAAACCAGCCAAGGCGCCCCCAGCAGCCCCAGUGAAACCCAGUGUAGUCACCCCCAGUCAGGCUAAAGCUGCUCCCAAGACUCCUGCUGCAGGGAAGAAAGCACAGAGCUCUGAUAGCGACAGCUCAGACUCAAACACUGAGGAGGAGGCUCCUAAAAAGGUGAAUCCUAAUGAUACCUGACUACAGUAAUGCUCUCACACAAAUUUAAGCUUGUGUCUGAAAUAUAUUCUAUAACAUACAAGCUGGACAGUCAUAUAAUAAUAAAAAAACUUGGCGCACAAUG